AAUCGUCGUUCAGCCUUUAACCCAGGUGCCCCCCUAAAAAGGGUCUGGCCUUUGGUUUUAAUUUCGGUAAUGGAGCCGGCAGCAACCUACGGAACAAAGGCAGCCGCGGGGAAGAUGAUACCGGCCGACAGCGACACGCCGCAGCAGCCGACCUAUUGUCUGAACAAGCCACGUGUCGUGGUGGCAGUGGAGAAUGGGAGACACGUGGCAGGAGUACGGAAAAAGGUGGAAGGUGAAACAACUUCUACAGCUUCGAAAGCAAGGAGAUAAUCUUACCCUUUUUUUUUUUUUUUUUACCUUUUUCUGUUUUUUCUUUUUAAGAUGAAUUGAUGAAAUCAAUAAAAGAAAGGUGCUUUU